UCUGUUACAGUUAUAUAAAUUAGUCACUCAACUAAACGACUGACCAGAGACUUGUGAGUUAAAAUGGCCGGAUUGGUGACAUUUUGCCUUUCGCUCACCAUUGUUUGCAUUGGUGUAGGCAAGCUUCUUAUAAGUGGAGAUGUAGUUCUAGCUAGUUUACAGUUCUCAAAAGAGAGCAAUGUAAAACUUACUGGUAGCGUUUUGAGUGAAAUUCAAGCGGUUCGUUCCCCUGUGAAGUGUGCGGCUGUUUGCAGAAGAACCGCAUUUUGUCGGUCGUUCAACUACGAUAAAACUGACAUGCAUUGUCAGCUGAACCGAGAUACGAAAAGCAAUAAUCCUGGUGACGUUUUUCAGGAUAACAAAUACAGCUACUAUGAGAUGGAGAACCAGAGUAUAUCUAUUGAUUUGUCGACUAAAGAACCGAUAACUUUGGAACCAAAGACAGAGCAGCCAACUUCAACAGAGCAAACAACUUCAAAGGAGCCAACGACAAUUUUACAUGAACCAACUUUGGAACCAACAACACAGCAAACACCUUCACUGGAACCAACGACAACUUUGGAACCAACGCCAGAGCAAAGUACUUCAAAGGAACCAACGACAACUUCAAAAGAACCAACGACAAUUUCAACAGAACCAACGACAACUUUGGAGCCAACGACAGAGCAAACACCUUCACUGGAACCAACGACAACUUUGGAACCAACAACGCAGCAAACAACUUCAGAGGAACCAACGACAACUUUGGAGCCAACGACAGAGCAAACAACUUCAAAAGAACCAACGACAACUUUGGAGCCAACGACAGAGCAAACAACUUCACAGGAACCAACGACAACGUUGGAGCCAACGACACAGCAAACAACUUCAAAAGAACCAACGACAACUUUGGAGCCAACGACAGAGCAAACAACUUCAAAAGAACCAACGACAACUUUGGAGCCAACGACAGAGCAAACAACUUCACAGCAACCAACGACAACGUUGGAGCCAACGACACAGCAAACAACCUCAGAGGAACCAACGACAACUUUGGAACCAACAACGCAGCAAACAUCCGAAAGCGUCGUUUACCGUCCGACGUGUUCUGCGAUAAAACUGUCUGGUGACUCACUCGACGGCGAUUACAUGAUUGAUCCCGAUGGAGUAGGAAAUCAUCCACCAUUCGAAGUUUACUGCGAUCACAUGACCGGUUAUGGAUUUACACACAUACCACCCACGAUCCCUGGGGUCAUGACUGAGGUUGAUUCCGAGCCGUACGAUGUGAAUAUUGCUUAUUCAGUUCCUAUGGAUCAGGUCAGAUAUACAUCACCUCUUUACUAA